AGCGACCGAGUGCAAAAGCCCAAAAUAUCUGGAUAUAGCGUGGAGAGGAGACACGACAAACUUGGCUUUCUAUUCCUUUUUUGAGAAAAAGGAAAGGCGAAAAGCAGAAAGAAGAUUUUCGACAGAAAAAAAAGCUAAAAGGAUCAACAUGAAAUACGUAUUGAUUCUCCUCUCCUGCGCCGUUGCUGCGAGUCAGGCGCAAUUCCCGCAUCAUCAAUUUGCGUCCAACGGACCGGUGCAGCAGGCUUACAAUAGCGCACCCCCGGCGCCAAUCGGCUCUGACGGCUCGGUCGUGGACACGCCCGAGGUCGCCCAGGCCAAAGCCGAGCACUUCGCCGAGUACGCUCGCGCCGCUGCCCGCGCCGCCGAGGACAAGUCGCCGGAUAACGGUGCCUACCAUCAGCAACCCCAGUACAGCUCGCAACCCGGACCCGGAGUGCGCCAGGCCUUCGCCUAUCACGGCCGGUCGCCCGCCCAGCACCAGUACUCCCAUGCCGCCCCCGCUCCGGUAGUGCAGUACCAGCAGCAGCCGACCUACCAGCAUGCUCAGCCGUCGCCCGCCUACCAGCAGCAGGCUCACUUCGGGCCCGAGGCCAAGGCCUACCAGAUCUCCGCUGGAGCCAAAGCGCCCUUCCAACCCGCCCCCUUGGCCGCCGAUGGUACCGUAGUAGACACCCCCGAAGUCGCUGCUCUCAAGCAGGCCAGACUCCAGGAACUCGCUGAUGCCGAAGCUCGUGCUGCUCGUUACGGAAACGACGAAUACUCCGCUGACAAUUCAGAACAAUACAAUCCCGCUCAGUACCAGUCUGCUGCGCCAAUCCCAAGGCCAUCUUACCCUGGAGCACCUAGUGGCGCACCACAGACUGCUUACCAAGCUCAACCAGGUUUUCCAUCUGGAUUACCAGCCAGUGCUUUCUCUGGAACCGGUCGGGCUUAUCAGCCAUCGUCUCCAAUCUACCAAACUCAGCCUCAGGCUUUCGCCCAACAAAAUUAUCAACAGCCCCAGAGCUACCAGAGCCAGUACUAAUUAAGUACUAAAAACAUCGAAUAAGCGACGAUCUCUGUUAAAGCGCCUUAAUUAUUGGCGGAUCAUCU